UCGAACUGAUUUCCGUUAUACUUGGGGAGAUGGUCGUCUGUCCUGUUUAGGGGCUGGGUUUCUCUCUUUUAUCUAAGGAAAAAAAUGUUGUAAGCAAACAUGGAGAGACAAAGGCAUUGAAAGGAAACGGAACAAGUAUUCUUAGAUAGCCAUAACGUCUUAAAAUGGCCAUAAGGGAACUAAAAGUGUGUCUUCUUGGGGAUACUGGAGUGGGAAAGUCUAGUAUUGUGUGCAGGUUUGUGCAAGACCAUUUCGACCACAACAUCAGCCCAACAAUAGGGGCAUCAUUUUUAACCAAGACCGUGCCGUGUGGACAUGAACUACACAAAUUCCUCAUCUGGGACACAGCAGGGCAGGAAAGGUUCCACUCGUUGGCCCCCAUGUACUACAGAGGCUCUGCCGCGGCUGUCAUCGUCUAUGACAUCACGAGACUGGAUUCCUUUCAGACCCUGAAGAAGUGGGUGAAGGAGCUGAAGGAGCAUGGCCCUGACGACAUCGUUGUAGCCAUCGCGGGGAACAAGAAUGACCUGGGUGACAUUAGGGAGGUUCCCAUGAAGGAAGCUAAGGACUUUGCUGAGUCGAUUGCAGCUAUUUUCAUCGAGACCAGCGCCAGAAACGCUGUCAAUGUGGACGAGCUCUUUCAAAAGAUCAGUAAACAGAUUCCGCCCCUGGACAAUCCAGAAGUCGACAGUAACGAGUCCUUCAAGAUCACCCGACAGCCCCCCCCGUCCAACAAACGUUGCUGCUAAUGGUACACAAAAAAGCCCCCUAGCUCCCAACCCCUACCUCCUAGCCCCCUAACUCCUAGCCCCCUAGCACUUCCCUAAUUUCUGUGGAUCAGACAGGUUCAAGGUUCAUGACCCCACUUCAUCAAGAUGGCGGUAGCACAACAUUCCAGUCCUACAUCCAUACUAUCCUUUUGCGUUGUCCCAGAAGAGCCUGGCGUCAGGAGGGCGGGAGCCAUCUGAUUGGGCCUGGCGUCAGGAGGGCGGGAGCCAUCUGAUUGGGCCUGGCGUCAGGAAGGCGGGAGCCAUCUGAUUGGGCCUGGCGUCAGGAAGGCGAGAGCCAUCUGAUUGGCAGCGAUGUUAUUGCUCUCCUUGUUACCAUACAGCAACAUGGUUCUGGUCCGGUGGCUGGGUUGUGUUCCUGCACGGUCAGCUGGCCCGCUCGGCAGCCAAACCCGCACGUCAAGCACACAUAUAGAAUCGUGUCUCAGGGGUGAAAGAACGUCAGAAAUGCUUUGGCUUCCGAGGGACCUAAAAUAACUUGCGUGUCCGUUAAUGCCUGAAAUGAUCCUGACAAACCCCGAAGGGUAUAUUUCAGGAGACUGUAUCCUACCAGUCCAGUUCUAUUCAUCCUCUGGCAAGUUGUUCUGUGGGUGUUGUUUCUGUGUUAGACCUGCUUGCUGGAUGUAGAGGAAUCAGUUCCGUUUUGUCGCCCUCUAGUGGUGGUAGGGACCUAAAUGCCAUAAUAAAAUGGAGCCUGAAGUUCCACACCCACUCUUAUGCAUGGAGCUACAUUGCACAUUGUGGACGAUUACGUUUUCAAUUAACAUGCGGCAGCACAUAAAAAACAAAACCAUGUUAAAACCUUUUAGGAAUCAACAUAUAUUAGCUCCCGUGACUAACUUGUUAAACAUGAAGCUUGGAUAAGUUGCACUUAGUAAAUCAUCUAGUUGAGUUUAAUCACAUUAUUUUAUAUGACACAGACUUCAUUCGUCUGUAUUCCUAUACAGUUUGGACAGUACAUUUCAGAUUCCUAUUCCAGAUAUUUACUUAACAAUUGUGCAGUGGCUCCAGUGCGCUGCCAGUGUAUAUAGAGUCUAUGUGUUAAUGACAUUAAUUGAUUGUCUGAACCCAGUCUCUAGACAGUCAAUUACUUUCUAUGAUUGAAUACAUGUAUGUGUGUGUUUCGUCAUAGCACAUGCAUGUACAAUCCAUUUCCGGGGAAUGUACACAAUGUUCAAAGUGUCUAUAAUGAAGUGGUUACAUGGAUGUCUGUCUUAUAUUGUAACGACCAUUUGGUGAUAUAUUUUUUUUUCACAAUGUAAUAUUGACUGAAAAGUGGCUAAUAUAAUUGUAAACACAGCUGUUGGCCAGAUAUGCAGACAGGGAAAUUACUGUGUCUGUUUCCGGAAACUGGAGCCAAUCGUUUUUGGGAGUGGACCACCGUUGUAGUUUUAUCUAGUGUUUCAUCGAUUAUAUUUGAUGCAGUGUUAGUUUUAGAUGACUACAAUCCCCAACAUUUUGCCCAUCAAAUAGUCCUGUGGUAGACCUACGGUCGAUUGAAAAGUGUAGACAUAUCUGCCUUGUUGUGUAGAAGAAUGUACAAUGGUUUUUAUACAGCGACGUUCCUUUUCUACUUACAUGUUUCAGUCAGGAUUUUGUACCACAUCAGUGUUCUGCUACUCUACGCAGUAAAAGCUGGAUCUAUGUCCAGGUGUGGCAACAGUCAAUAAUCUGAUAUAGCUGCACAGUCCUUAGCCUGAAUGCCCGUCAACACUGUCCAUUGUACAAUGCAAGUGCCUUUGUUUAAAUGUCCCCUUUGUAGUGCAAUAUGAAGUGGACUUUUAUUCAUAGUUUAAACUGUUACAUUUUCGUGUGCUUGAGUCAAUUUAUUCUCUUUACUAUAACAUAUGCAGACCAGAUUAACAUUUGAUAUAUUAAUCUGUAUAAUAAA